GCCGCGUAAGAGGAGGGGGAGAGAGAGGGAGAGGAAGGGUGGCGGAGGAGCGGUGCUCACGUACGGGAAGAGCUGACACGGGAGCUCCCUCCUCCGAGCUCUCGCGCCGCUCCGGGUUCGGCGGCGCCAUUCGCAGACGGAACACGGAGACGCGCGGAGACGCGCGGAGACGCGCGGAGACACGCGGCCCGAGCGAAGUAUGAGCGCGCUCUGAGCCAAGGAACUUGGGGUUCUGAAAGUGCCUUCCUUCAUCCUGCAAGGCGGCUCACGUGAGACGGCACCGUCAACGUGGCGUCGUCUCCACAGAGAAUUGGGGUCCAAUCCAGGAAUCCACCACCACCAUGUUCACGAAGCUGUACGCUGGAGCCGAAGCCAUGAGCCAGCAGCUCCGAGCCGUGAGUCUGGCUCUCGCCACGGCCGACGAGGACGCCUGCGGGAGCAGCGACGGCGAGGCGCCUCCACACUCCUGCACCACCUCCUCGUCUUCCUCCUCGCAUAGGCAGCUGGGGCUGCGCGACUCGCGGCCGGACCUCCACGAGCCCACAAACAUCGCGGCGGCCGCGGCGGCCGCGGCGGCGGCAGCGGCGGCGGCGGCGGUGGCGGCCACAGGACGCGGCGGAGGAGAGGAAGGAGGCGAAGGUCCAAUCGACGACAACGACGACGACGACCUAGACGACGAAGACAUCGAGGACGAGGACGAGAUGGAGGAGGAGGAGAUGACGAUGGAAGAGGAGGAGGAGGUGGAGCGCAAGUCGAGGCGGCGCGGGCCGCGCAAGAAGAAGCCGACGAAGGCGCGCGUGGAGCGCGUGCGCGUGCGGCGGAUGAAGGCGAACGCGCGCGAGCGCAACCGCAUGCACGGACUGAACGCGGCGCUCGACAACCUGCGCAAGGUGGUGCCCUGCUACUCCAAGACGCAGAAGCUGUCCAAGAUCGAGACGCUGCGCCUCGCCAAGAACUACAUCUGGGCGCUCUCGGAGAUCCUGCGCUCCAACCAGAGCCCCGACCUGCUGAGCUUCGUGCAGACCCUCUGCAAAGGUUUGUCUCAGCCCACGGCCAACCUGGUGGCGGGCUGCCUGCAGCUCAACCCGCGCACCUUCCUGCCCGAGCAAAGCGUGGACUUCGCGCACGUGCCCUAUGCGCCGGCCGCGCUCGCCUACGGCUACCCUCCCGCGGGACUGGGCGCUAUGAGCCCCCCGUAUAGUUCGGCGACCGAGGGCCCGUACCUGUUGCAGGCGGGCAAGGCGCAAGCCUACUUCAGCAGCGCCAUAGACCAGUACUUCGACACGGGCGUUUCGGAGUGCACGAGUCCGCCCUUCGAGGCGCCGGGCAGCCCGCCCCACCACUACGGCCUGAACGGGAACUUCGCCUUCAAGCACGAGGCCGCCACCGCAGCGGCGGCAGCGGCCGCGGCUGCGGCGGCCGCGGCGCACGCGUCCGUGCAGGCGGAUUACGAGAGGGGAGGGUACGGGCACUUCGGGGUUCGGGGCUCCGGCUACCAGGGGGCGGGCCAGGGCACGGGUCCAGGCGCGGCGUACGAGCGGUACGGGCCGCAAGGAGAGCACUUCUGCGCUUACGAGGGCGUGCGUGCGAGGGCGACAGCGCGUCACGACCGCCUGCUGCACCCCCCCCCCCCCCCGCCGCGGGUCUCUGUGCGCCGAUUAUUGACAAAUAAUUCCCUGGGAGAGAACUCCUUAAUACUCGCGCGGCUCGACAGCGAGAAUUCCUUCCCGUGGGAGUUCGAGAUCCGGUUAUCGCGUUGGCGAAUGUUCUCUUUCCACGAGAGAUUUUUGGCGAAACCCCCCCCCCCCCCAUCUGGCGCUUGCCCCCAACCACCAAAUAAUGUUGGCAUACCCCGGCAGCGUGGCGAUUUUUUGGCCGUUUCAGUAAAAAGUGCGAAAAUGACCCAGAGAGGUUAAUCCUACGCGAUUCGAUGAAUUACCGCAAUAUCGGCAUCGGGAUUCCAUUAAAUAAUAUACGUGUUAGAUAUACGCAUUACAGUAAUUAAUGUAUUAUAAACGUAGAGGCAUCUGGAGGUUGCAGAAGGAUACCGUUGAACGCCACGAAAUUCAAAUUGAAAUCCAUCGAUCUUUACACACGCCAUAAACCGCAGGCUAUAGGAACCGAAUGCAAUUUAUGAAUCGAUGCAUCGUUACACCACUCAUCGCCAUCGCUUAACACCGUUCAGUGAAAAAUCGCUACUUCACGGGCCGUGAGUGGCAUAGCGUAGUUGGCACGUGUCCUGGUGCGCCGGAUUAACAUGGGCCUCUCUGCCGCCCAAUCUGCCCCCACCCAACCACCCACCCCCUCUCGCCCUUCUCCGCUACCCCAUCCCCCUUCAUUGCCCUGGGCUCGUCCGGCCCGUGAGCCCCCCGGUACAGCUGCACCUCCUGCUAAUCCACUGACAGGGUACGGAGGCCUCGCUCCCCCCGUGCAGUCAGGGCGCGCGUUUGUCGUGUGCGCUGGCGGUUCAACGUCUCUGGCACCGUCGCCGUGGCCCGGCCAGUAGCCGCGGUCACCGCUUGUCAUUCGCCAAGAGUAGGCCAAUGUGUGCCGGCGUCACGGUAUGCAAUUGCAAUGCGCAUAGCAAUCUGGAAAGAAAAAAAAAACCCCGAAAACUUGUCAGGAUCCUCCGACAAAAAUAGUCACGAGACUCAGUAAGUUAUUUCCUGGGCAAAGCAAAGGGGGCGAUCACACAAAGUGGUGUCACGCUGCAUCAAUCAAUCGAUCGAUUACAAUAUACCCAUACGCCCACGAUGCGUGUUGCCAGUCGCACGCGUGGCAAGCGGCUACUUGAUAUUCCUCUGUAAUCUACAUCCCGCGUGACCCCUACAGCCACUAGAGGCGCUCCGGGAUGAAAUCCAGAAAGCCGGGUCGUGACAUAUAUAUAUUUUUUACCGAAUCGCUAUUUGGGGCGAAGCGUUGCGGUGGGCGAGUUGGCACGAGUUGAGGCCGAUGAUUGACGGGCGAAACCCCCCCCCCCCCCCCCCUGCUCUCACCUCACAUGGGGAUCCGGGUGAUGACUCAGCGAAAUCCGGCACAGCUUGAGCCAGAUAGGCACGUGUCGUGCGUUUCGUUACAGCAAUCCCCAUGUCUACGAGUGCAUUAACGCCGCAUAGAAGCUGUUAAGGAGUGACAGGUAUGGACUCAAACAUGCAUGUAUGUUGAACUUCUUUCGCGCCGUACGUAGCCAACCGUGCUAAUCUGCGAUAUGAUUAGUGAUUGACAUUUUGACUUGAAACUUUCGUGACUGCAGGAAUUCAUAUUCUUGGUUCUUUCGGUAAAGUAGCGUCGAUAGGAAAAAAAAA